AUGCCUUUCCCUGACCCAGGCGAAUAUCCCAUAUCGAACCAGGACAUUGUAUCCUUCACCUUUAAUGCUGCACCAUACGCUCGUGAUAGACCGCUGUAUAUCAAUCCAGCCGACCCGUCUGAGCAUUACACCUACAACACCUCACGCAAGCUCGUUCGCCAACUUAUUGCUGGACUCAAAGCGAACGGACUGCAGACAGGGGACACAGUCUGCAUACACAGUUUCAAUUCUAUCCUGUAUCCACUUCUUAUCCUUGCGAUCAUUGGAGCUGGUGGAUGCUCUGUUGGUACCAACCCGUCUUAUACUCGUGCAGAGCUCGGCCAUGGCAUCCGUCUUGCAAAAGCCAAGUUCGUGCUAGCAGAGCCCGAGAUUCUGCCCAAUAUGCUUGACGCCCUGAAAGCCAACGACAUCGAUGUUGAUCAGAAGCUCUUUAUCCUUGACACGUCCAGCACCACGUCUCCGCCUGAGGGCCGGCAGAGUUGGAGAAAACUUCUCGACUAUGGCGAGCAAGACUGGGUCAACUUCGAUGAUCUGUCCAAGUCGAGAGACACAGUCGCCCAGCUGUACUUCACCAGCGGCACGACAGGGUUACCGAAAUGUGCCAUGACAACACAUCGCAACCUGGUAGCCCAGCACCAGCUGUUCUGGGAGCGGAAUCCGCGCGACUAUCCUUACAAGGGUGUACUUGUUAUGCCCUUCUUCCACGUAGGUAUUGCUCCCUCCGUCUUUACCAGUGUUAUUCGUGAAGGACGCCAAGGGUACGUCAUGCGCCGUUUCGACCUCAUACCAUACCUGCAGUACUACGCAAAGUACAAACUGACCGAGAUCUUUCCUGUACCACCUAUGAUUAAUGCUAUUGUGACGAGUGGAUUUGCGGAUGAACAAAGCAAGAACUACAGAAAAGACUGUAGUCUGCGCUCCAUACGCAAUGGCUAUACCGGGGCAGCGCCUUGUUCAGGCCACUUGCAGGCACGUUUCCAACAAUUAUUGGGUAGGGGCGCAACCUUCACUCAAGUCUGGGGAAUGACAGAGACAACAACCAUGUAUACAACAGUUCCAGACCCCAUUGCUCGAGCAUGUACGAAAGGAAAGCUCGAUACUGCUUGGGGUUCCGUAGGAGUUCCAAUGCCAUGUUUGCAGGCGAAACUCGUGGAUGAGGGUGGCAAUGACGUGACAGAAAGUGGGAAAGGCGAGCUAUGUGUGAAAGGACCUACAAUUGUAAAGGGCUACUUCGAAAACGAGGAAGCAACCGCAGCGUCCUGGGAUGCAGAGGGUUACUUCCGUUCAGGCGAUAUCAUCGAGGUGAGGCCGCAUAAAGACCCCGAAACUGGUGAGGAAUUCAAGCUUUGCUUUGUGGUCGAUCGACUUAAGGAGCUCAUCAAAGUUCGUGGGUUCCAAGUGGCUCCAGCAGAAUUGGAAGGUGCACUUGGCGAACACCCUGACAUUGUUGACGCAGCUGUUAUUGGCCUGCCUACCCGAGGUGAAGAUGGCACUGAACUGCCAAAAGCGUUUGUGGUUAAGCGAGAAGGCUCGGGAUUGACAAUGGAGGAUGUCAUGGCACAUAUGAAGACAAAGGUAGCAAGGUAUAAGCAACUGGAAGGCGGUGUCGAGUUUGUUGAAGCAAUUCCGAAACUGCCAUCUGGUAAAAUACUGAAGCGGGUUUUGAGAGAACAAGCGAAACAACAGGCACGGCAAGCAGGUGGCAUAUCGAAGAUCUAG